UCAGUUACGAUUGAGAUUUCGUUGCGAUAAUACUUAAGUUGUCUGAUAUGAUAUCGCUGUCCUCAGCUUAGUAACCAUUCAGUGAUUUAAAACUCCGACUAAAGAUGGACGCUGUCACAUCAGUACUGCUAUCAGCUGUUAUAAUUUUGUUAUCGUACGGGUUCUACCUUUUGCGAAAACAUCUGCGCUUUUUCGCCGAUCUCAACAUACCGCACAUUCCGGCCAGUUUCGAUCUGAUCGACAAAACGACGCAUCCGGCAAAGCAGUUUCAAAAAUGGUAUCGGCAAUUCAAAGGCCAACACCCAUUGGCUGGCAUACUCAUGGUAAUCAAACCGAUCGCCAUCCCACUGGAUUUGGAGCUGAUUAAAUGUAUCUUGGUGAAGGAUUUCCAAUACUUUCAAAAUCGUGGGAUGUACUACAACGAGAAAGAUGAUCCACUUUCUGCGCAUCUGUUCAGUUUGGAAGGGGCCAAGUGGAGGAAUUUACGAUCGAAAAUAUCACCGACCUUCACUUCUGGUAAAAUGAAAAUGAUGUACCCAACGAUGGUUGCUGCUGGAAACCAAUUUAGAGAAUAUCUGAACGAAAAAGCAACGCUAGAGAGCGAAUUUGAAAUGAGAGAUUUGCUGGCAAGAUUCACGACCGAUAUCAUUGGAACAUGCGCAUUUGGUAUUGAGUGCAAUUCGAUGCAGGAACCGAACUCAAAGUUUAGAGAAAUGAGUCGCAAACAUUUUGAGACACGCCGAAAUGACUUGAAAGAUUUGUUCAAAAUGACGUUUCCUAAUUUCGCACGAUUUUUGGGUAUCACUGAAAUUCUUCCCGACGUUUCGGAGUUUUUCAUGAACGUGGUAAAGAGCACCAUCGAAUACCGAGUCAAAAACAAAGUUAGUCGGAAUGAUUUCAUGGACCUUUGUAUAGGAAUGCUGGAGGGGCAAUCGCCUGGCUCAGAUCAACUCACGAUAAAUGAGAUUGCAGCACAAGCAUACGUAUUUUUUAUUGCCGGCUUCGAAACAUCGUCAACGACAAUGACAUGGGCGUUGUACGAACUUUCACGUAACCUGGAUAUUCAAGAGAAGGGAAGAAAAUGUGUUCAGGAGACACUUGAAAAACACAACGGUGUUAUGAGUUAUGAAGCCAUUAUGGAGAUGACAUACAUCGAUCAGAUCAUUAAUGAAACAUUGCGCCUUUAUCCACCGGUUCCGCUACAUUUCCGGGUAGCCACCAAAGACUACCAUGUUCCGAACACGGAUACAGUUCUUCCGGCUGGCACUGCAACCAUGAUUCCCGUCUACGCGAUCCAUCGCGAUGAGGAAAUUUUCCCCGAACCGGAGAAAUUCGAUCCGAAUCGUUUCUGCCCGGAAGAGGUUAGCAAACGACACCCGUACGCGUGGACCCCGUUUGGCGAAGGGCCACGCAUUUGCAUCGGGGUGAGAUUCGGAAUGAUGCAGGCCCGCAUCGGGUUGGUGCUGUUGUUGAAUAAUUUUCGAUUCUCACCGGGACCUAACAGCAGUGGGGAGAUGGAGUUUGUGACGCAUAAUUUUAUACUGACUCCAAAGCAGGGACUGUGGUUGAAAGUGGAGAAAAUUUGAAUCGAUGCCAUAAAAGACAGAGUUGCGGUACACACAUGUAUGCUGUACUUGCAAUUUGUUGCCUCUAGUCUAUUUUUACCAACUAAUUGAAUGAUUAUAUUUUCUAAAAUAUUGUAUUUAUUGGUAUAAAUUCUAAUAUUCUACUUCGCAGAGGACAAUCAGGUACAAUGAAUAAUUUUAAACUAAAAUGCAAUAGAAACACGCAGUAUUACAUCACAGGGUAUGAUACAGCACAUAACCCCAAUAACCUCAUAUUAAUCUUUGAAGUUAGGCGAAAGAACAAUGAGAUUAAAAAUGAUCCUUCAAUAAAAUGCAAAUUCUGCUGAGUAGUUUCAUGCAAUUGAAGCAAUAGUGUUAAUAUCGAUUCGAACAUUUUCUACCUUACUGCAGAACGCAGAUAACCAAUAGUUGCUUCUGCCACAGAGAACAGACGUUAAUCUUGAAUCGUGCCAAUGUGUAAAUUUUUGUAUUGGUUAUUUUGAAGUAUGUCGUUUUGCCGUAUAUUACUUUUUAGCGCUAGUGUUCAUUCCGAUUUGUUUACGUAGUGUAAGCCAAUGCCAUCGCUUGGUGAGAUUGAGUUUGUAUGUAGGGCAGUCUGCAUUGGCGGAGCAUUACACAGGAUUUCAUCGAAACUUUGUAUGAGCCUCCAUGUCUGUUCUCGAUGCUUCUACUCGAUCUAUUUCACAGCCACAGAUUAUAUUAAAAGUAAAACCUAAUUUGAUAAGGUACCAGUAAAAACGUACAAUGCGAGAGAUACUUUAUUCCUUAUCACUACUUUCUUUACUAGCAGAUUUUCCCAUUUAUUUUAUCGAUUCUUUUAUUCUUCCAUGAUGAAAAUUUGUAAGCUCAUAGUGACAAUUUCAGAACACAGAGUAGCAGGUAUAAUAUAUGUGUGUUGAUUCCAUACGGAAUACAAAAAUAAAUUCUU